CAGUAACAAUUCGUUUUGAACAAAAAUAACGAACUGAACUCUCGGAAAUUUAUCUCUCUUCAAAUUGCGAAAUGUAAUAUACUGAUAAAAAUCAUAUUUACGCAUCCAAAUCGGUUUGUAUUAGAUUGGUUUUGGUGUGGAAUGGAUGUUUAAAGUUUUUCAUUAAAACGAUAAAUUAAUUUUUUUAAUAAGUCAUGAGUGUUAAUAACCAAUAUACCCCCGUUCAAACCACUGUUGAUAACACGCAAGAAGAGGAUGAUAUAGGAGAGGAUGUCGCCAAGAAAUCCGUCAGUGACACGAUGGGUGCUGAAGAAACUUGUGGAAGUGAUAGCAGCAACAGCAAAACAUUUUUGUAUCUAACAGCUUGUAUAGCAAAUUUAGCAUCAUUCACCUGCGGAAUAGCAUUAGGUUGGACAUCACCAGUAUUACCACAACUCAGUGGAAACUUUACAGUCCUCCCAGAGCCACUUACAACAGAUCAAUCAUCAUGGAUUGGAAGUUUAUUACCAGUCGGUGCAUCAUUAGGUCCAUUUUUAGCCGGAUAUCUAGCCGAUAAACUCGGAAGAAAGAAAACAAUUUUAAUAUCAACGGCUCCAUUUCUAGUUGCGUUUAUUCUUUUUGGUUUAGCCUCAUCUGUUUAUGAAUUUUAUAUAGGAAGAUUUCUUUGCGGGGUUGGAUCUGGUGGACUUUUCACAGUUCUUCCAAUGUAUAUGGGUGAAAUAGCUGAAGAUUCAGUAAGAGGAGCUUUAGGAUCACUGAUGCAAUUAUUUAUUACGUUAGGAAUUCUUUUCUCGUUUUCAAUUGGUCCAUACACGACAAUUUCGGUGUUCAGCAUGGUUUGCGUUAUAAUACCGUCGAUAUUUUUUGUGGUUUUUAUAGUUUUCUCACCAGAUUCGCCAUAUUUUUUAAUUUCCGUUAAUAAAAAUAACGAAGCUGAAACCGCCUUAAUGAAGUUACGAUCAAAAAAGAACGUCACAAAAGAAUUAGAGGUUAUGAUUGGGAAUAUUGCGGAAUCAAAAGCUUCGAAUGCAACUUUUAUGGACAUUUUUAAAACUAACGUGUUAAGAAAAGCAUUAAUUCUUUCGGUGGGUUUGGUAGCUUUUCAACAACUUUCUGGAAUUAACGUUAUUUUAUUUUAUACGGAAACUAUUUUUGAUGCAACGGGGAGCUCAAUUCCUUCGGAUAUUUCAACGAUUUUAGUUGGAUUAGUUCAAGUUUCUUUCAGUGGAAUCACACCUUUACUCGUUGAUCGAAAAGGAAAAAGAUUUUUAUUGAUAUUUUCCGGAAUUGGGAUGGCUUUAUCACAAUUUGCGUUGGGUUAUUAUUUUCAAAGAAUAGAAACGAAAUUAUCAACGGAUUCUAUAUUUUGGUUACCAGUUCUUUGCUUAAUUUUAUACAACGCUACUUAUUGUAUGGGUUUUGGACCAUUACCGUGGGCCGUAAUGGGAGAGUUAUUCCCACCGAAUGUCAAAUCAGCAGCUUCAACGGUUACAGCAUCCGGAUGUUGGAUUUUAGCAUUCGUUAUAACGAGAUAUUUCAAAAACGUUAGUGAUUUAGUUGGGAUUGGAAUUAGUUUUUAUAUGUUUGGAGGAUUUUGUAUUAUAGCGGCCACCUUUGUUUAUAAAUUACUUCCGGAAACUUCUGGAAAGAGCUUAAAUGAAGUUCAAGCUUUAUUGGAAGGAAAAGCUAAGUGAAACAAAAAAAUUACGUUAUUAAUUAGGUAUUUAAAUUGGGUUUCUUCGAUGUAUAAAAAUUAAUUAAAUUAGUUUGUAUGAAAUUAAAGAAGUUUUUUGGGAGCUGUGAUAUUGUUACUAUUUUAUAAAUUUUAUAGAAUAAAAUUUGAAUUAUCAAAAUGAA